CCGGCUUGUUUGUCUCUCCUGCAGCUGCCUUGUCAUCCCCCAGCGACCUAUGUCAUGGCGAUUAAAAUCGCUCCUCUCGUAGCUGUCCUCUGCUCCUCGUUGCUAUCCGGCGUUCUAUUCUCUUUCCCUCUCGCAUCAGCCACACCAUACGCCAGCAUGGCAGGAAACUCUUCCAGAAUCGUCGAGCUGGCCGCUCAAAUUAGCUCCAAUGUCGCCCAGUUGCAAGGCCAGCUGUCGGCUCAAGACUUGCCCAGCCCUUCGUUCAACGAGAACUUCAACGCGAGCUAUCCCGCCAACGUGACCCACUUGAGGGAUUCGCUGCUCGAUGCCACGGCCGAGCUUCACGAAUUGCUGCUUGAUCCUCUCUUGGUCCUUUUCAAGUUUGCGUCGAUUUCCAACUUGGCCAUCAUCGAUGCCGUCGCCCGCUACAAGAUCCCAGACAUGAUCCCCCCCGGGGGCCGCAUGUCUUUCGAAGAGAUUGGCGAAAAGAUUGGUCUUGAAACCAAUGUCAUCCGCAGAUUCCUCCGCAGUGCCAUGGCCAUGCACAUUCUCGAAGAGCCAGAGCCUGGCAUGGUUGGACACACUAGUAUCUCCAGGUUCCUCGCAAACCCCGCCAUCAAUGGUUGGGCUGAGUUUGAAGGACGGGACACUUGGCCUGCCUCUACACGCAUUGUCGAUGCCCUCCAGAAAUGGCCAAACUCGCAACAACCAAAUGAAACAGCUUGGGUCCUCGCCAACAAUGGCAAGACGGUUCAAGACGUCAUCGCUACCGAGCCCGAGCGCGCGCAGCGCUUCAUCAACGGACGGAGCGCUAUCGACUAUGUCCCCGGUUACAAUAUGAGUCUUCUCUCCACUGCCUACGACUGGGCUUCUCUCGGAGCCGCCAAGAUUGUUCACGUGGGAGGUGCCAUGGGUCAAGCUGCUAUUGAGCUCACAAAGAACUUCCCUGACAUCACCGUCAUUGUGCAAGAUUCAAAAGCCAUGAUGGGCGGUGGUCAGCUUGUUCCGGAAGACUUGAAGGGCCGUGUCUUGUUCGAGGAGGGCGGACUCUUCGUACCUCAGAACGAGACGGUUCCAGUAUACUUCUUCCGCCUUGCCUUUCGUGGUUUGGGCGAUCAAUUCGCCCAGCAAAUCCUCAAGGCACAAAUUCCUGCGCUUCAGCCUGGGGUCAAGCUUCUGAUCCAGGAUGUAGUGAUGCCUGAGCAGAAUGUCGUUCCGCUGUGGAAGGAGCGCACACAAAGAUCAGUGGACAUGGCCUUGCAGGUUUUUGGUAACGGUCGUGAGCGAUAUUUGGAUGAGUGGAAAGCUCUCUUUGCUGCAGCAGACGAGAGGUUUGUCCUUGAGAAGGUACAUGUGCCCACAGACUCCUUGCUAGACAUCAUUGAGGUCACUUGGAAAGGCUAAGGGAAAAUUUUAAUUACGUCAUACCACGCCCUUGGGUACUGGUAAACAAUUCUUCUAUAUGUAUAAUGACACUUCUUGGAUGGGAUAUUGCUAUACAUGUGCAUGAUUGUCGCUGUAACAGCUUAGCCAAAUAUCCUGCAACAGCCCUUCGGUGUAAUGUAUAAUAGGAACAGACUACGAUAUUACUAUUUUUCUUUGACAGUAGAUGCGACCCACCUUAUGAGUUGUCCGUCACUGUAUCCGAAACGCCGCGUGUUUUGCAUUGCCACCAGAUAGUGGUCGGGCAUGGAGUCCUUCAGCCAGCCAGGGUCAUGGAACGAAGUUGCGUGCUCCCAACGUCCCAUCACGUUGAGCUUUCUAUUUGACAGCCCCUCAAAUUCUCCUAUCU